AUGACUGUCUCAAAUGACAGCUCGGUAUCAGAUAGGUACAAUAUGAAUAACUCUACCAGCACAAGUAAUGUCAGCAGCUCAAAUAGCACCGGCAGCAGCAACAGCAGCGGCCACACACAGACCACCGGCAGCGACAACAAGUGGCCCAUGGACAUCGAGUCCGCCUUUGUCGAAGCUCUGGGCCUCAUCAUCAAGAAUGGUACUUCGAAGAUUAAAAUCAGAGACCGUAACUACGGCCGUAACGAGCUCAUAUCAAUGUACAUAUGGUACAGAAUAGGUAAAUACAGAACAAAGAAGCAGAUCUCCUCCCACAUCCAGGUCUGGAAGAAAUCCCUGCUAACAAAGAAAAAGACCGGCACUUUAACAAACAGCAACGAAAUAUACGUCCUCGACCUGAUAGAAAACGGGCCACAACAGACUGAUGAGUCGACCAGAUAUUUUUACACAUUCUUCGAAAGCAUCAUCUCCACUAUAAUGGGCAAUUACCCGGCUUUUGCAAUUACCCAUAGACCUGUGCUCUGCCCGCCAAACUCCACUUUACCCUUGCCCUUGCCCACAGGCCAGCAGUGGUUUUACGCGCCACAGGAGGGUUACUACUACCAGAAUCAGAACUCGAACUCGAUUAACUACGCAGGUCAUCAAAUGACGCCCAACAAUGGCGGUAACCAGAACCAAAUGGAUUACAUGGCCAAUGACCGAAAUAACAUAGAAAUUAAUAAUAUGAAGCUGAAGUCUGGCAGCGGUAUGCCCAUGAAUACAUUUAAUCAGCGGCAACAAAAUGUACAACAAUUGCCAUAUCCAAUGAUUUCCACCCAACAAGGCCAAAAUAGUCACCAAUUCCUGUAUCAUAAUGGGUCUAAUGUGGAUCAUAAAGUACCCAUGUCUAACACAGGAAAUAGUGCCAAUUUUAAUGGGAACAUCAGCUCCCCACAGUUCAACAACUCUUCAAAUACUCCUGGGGUAAACAACAUGCAUUCUAAUGGAAGUGGAUUCGGAAUGCUGUAUCAAUACCAGCAGUACCCAAACCAAAGCUAUUAUAUGCAGCAAUCUUCACUUCCAAUACCUCCCUCCAUAGUCCAGAACUCAUACACGAAUAACAACACAACCAAUAUAACUACCACUCCUAUGUCUCUACCAAAUGUGAUGUCUCAAUUUGGCCAAAAUGGUCAAUCAAAGACUACAAACAACCUGCCGCCUCCCAUCCGCCAACCAGAUAUACUAAAUAAGGAAAACAAGCCUUUGGUUAAAAAUGAAGAGAUCAACCCAUACAAUGAAAAGAAAGAGGUGCAAGGUAUUCAGUCCAACUGA